AAGGUCCUCCCCUUGGACCAUCAAGACACAGACCAGAGUCCACAGCACAGCAGAGCACCACCACUACUACCAUCCCCAGUGGCAACCCUGACAAGGCUCUAGCAGCUUAGCUGAAGAUGGCCGGGCUACUCUCUGUCAAGGCCGUCGCGCUCGCCGCCGUGCUUGCUGCCGCGUAUGCCUCUUGCGCCGCCGCCGAGCAGCCGGGGGCGGCGGACCUCGACGCCUCCGCCGUGUCUUACAGCUCCGCGUGGCUUCCGGCCAGAGCGACCUGGUACGGAGCGCCCAACGGCGCCGGGCCCGACGACAACGGCGGCGCGUGCGGCUUCAAGCACGUGAACCAGUACCCCUUCUCCUCCAUGACCUCCUGCGGCAACCAGCCCCUGUUCAAGGACGGCAAGGGAUGCGGCUCCUGCUACCAGAUACGGUGCAGCGGCGACAAAUCCUGCUCCGGCAAAAUCGAGACGGUGAUGAUCACGGACAUGAACUACUACCCGGUGGCGCAGUACCACUUCGACCUGAGCGGCACGGCCUUCGGCGCGCUGGCCAAGCCGGGGCUCAACGAGAAGCUGCGCCACUCGGGCAUCAUCGACAUCCAGUUCCGGCGGGUGCCCUGCAACUUCCCGGGCCUCAAGAUCAACUUCCACGUUGUGGACGGCUCCAACGCGGUGUACCUGGCGGUGCUGAUCGAGUACGAGGACAUGGACGGCGACGUGAUCCAGGUGGACAUGAAGGAGGCCAACUCCGGGUCGUGGACGCCGAUGCGCGAGUCCUGGGGCUCCAUCUGGCGGAUGGACUCCAACCAUCGCCUCCAGGGGCCCUUCUCCAUGCGCAUCACCAGCGACUCCGGCAAGAAGCUGGUGGCCAACAACGUCAUCCCGGCCAACUGGAGGCCCAACACCGACUACCGCUCCUUCGUCCAGUUCAGCUGAUCCGAGUCCGACCGGCCCAUGGGCGGCCACGUGCGGCUGCAUCAUGCGUGCAUGCGCUCUGGCGGUCUGGCCCCUCUGCUGGCUACGUACAAUUAAUCGCUCGGCCGAUCGAAAUCAUUUGCCUUAUUUUAUUUUUUGUAUUUGCGUGGGAUCAAGGAGCUCGAGAUGCCGUCUGUCUGGUGUCAUAUGUGGGGUCGUCGUCGUCUAGCGUCUUGAGCAUGUGUGGGAAAUGCGGGAGGGCAUAGUUUGCAUGUGCUCUCCCGCCCACUGACUCUGUGUAGAGUACCAUACAUGAGAUGACACUACCGGUUUGUAACCAAAUCCAAGUUAUUAUAAAUUAUAUACGUACAGUUUUUUCUACUA